AGACCGCGGGCCACCUGCCGGGCCGCUCCUCCGCGCGCCGCGCUCCGGGCCCCGCCGUGCCGCUGCGGGCCGCGUCCCCGGAGUCGGCGCCUCUGUCGCCUCGGUCCCCGUCCCCACCCAGGCGCGGAGCAGCGCGGGCUCCGGGCGGGCGCCAGGGCGCGCAGACAUGGGCAGCCGCGCCAGAGCGCGCCGGGCGGCCGCGAUGCUGGGCUUCCUCGGGCUGCUGUGCGCCGUGCUGGGCGCCGUCAUGAUCGUGAUGGUGCCCACGCUCAUCAAGCAGCAGGUGCUCAAGAAUGUGCGCAUCGACCCCAGCAGCUUGUCCUUCAACAUGUGGAAGGAGAUCCCCGUCCCCUUCUACCUGUCCGUCUACUUCUUCGACGUGGUCAACCCCAGCGCCAUCCUCUUGGGCGAGAAGCCGCAGGUGCGGGAGCGCGGGCCCUACGUGUACAGGGAGUUCAGGCACAAGAGCAACAUCACCUUCAAUGACAAUGACACCGUGUCAUUCCUCGAGUACCGCAGUUUCCAGUUCCAGCCUGACAGGUCCCACGGCCUGGAGAGUGACUACAUCGUCAUGCCCAACAUCCUGGUCUUGGGUGCGGCGAUGAUGAUGGAGAACAAGCCCAUGAGCCUGAAGCUGAUCAUGACCUUGGCGUUCAGCACCCUCGGAGAGCGUGCCUUCAUGAACCGCACCGUGGGCGAGAUCAUGUGGGGCUACGAGGACCCUCUGGUGCACCUCGUCAACAAGUACCUGCCAAACAUGUUUCCCUUCAAGGGCAAGUUUGGGCUCUUUGCGGAGCUGAACAACUCCAAUUCCGGGCUCUUCACCGUGUUCACGGGGGUCAAAGACUUCAGCAGGAUCCACCUCGUGGACAAGUGGAACGGACUUAGCAAGGUCAAAUACUGGCAUUCUGACCAGUGCAACAUGAUCAAUGGGACGUCUGGACAGAUGUGGGCGCCGUUCAUGACUCCUGAGACCUCACUGGAAUUCUACAGCCCCGAGGCCUGCCGGUCCAUGAACCUGGUCUACAAGGAGUCAGGGGUGUUCGAAGGCAUCCCCACCUAUCGCUUCGUGGCCCCCAGCACCUUGUUUGCCAACGGCUCCAUCUACCCGCCCAACGAGGGCUUCUGCCCCUGCCUGGAGUCUGGGAUUCAGAACAUCAGCACCUGCAGGUUCAAUGCACCCUUGUUUCUCUCCCACCCUCACUUCUACAACGCCGACCCGAUGCUGGCAGAGGCAGUGCUUGGCCUCCACCCCAACCCAGAGGAACAUUCCUUAUUCCUGGACGUCCACCCGGUCACCGGGAUCCCCAUGAACUGCUCUGUGAAACUACAGCUGAGCCUGUACGUCAAGGCCAUCAAAGGCAUCGGGGUCCCAGACCGGGUCCCAGAGACGUCACCAGCCAGCCCAGCGUGGCCACUGAGCCGGACCGGCUCCCCAGCCCCUGCACCCCGCUUCUUCAGGACUCCCUCGGCGGACCGCCCACCAGUCCCAAAGCCUGAGCCCCCCCAGUUGCCACACGCGUGUCCGCGCGCUGCACACCCCCCGGCACGUGUCCACACGCGAGUACGCAGGCGUGCGCAGACACACUCAGGGAUGGAGCCGCCGCUGAGGAGACUCAGGGCAUCGUCAACCAGGGCCGUCUGGAACCUUCUGUCCGGGUGACCCACAGUGCCGCGGGCACCGGGUCCCCUCCCCCGACUGAGCCGGGCCCCGGGCUCCGGAAGACCCCCCCCCCCCCCCCCCCCCCCCCCCCCGGGGCCCCCUCCACCAGCCACGACCCAGACGCCCGGUCCCUGCAGGACACGCCUUUCACUACUGUCCCCAGACCCAGCCCGGGAAGGCAGACUUCUCGUGCCAAAGCCCUGCGGGCCUGGGGGGGGGGGGGGGGCGCCCCGAGCUUUGGCCGCGCGCGUGCCCCCCGGGCUGCGGGCCGGGCGGCGUCACGCGGGCCCCAGCAAGCGGCGUGACCGCGACCGGCCUGUCCCGGUUCCGCGGGCCGACCCGGAUCUGCCCAGAGUUGCCGCGGGUGCCGCCCGGGCCGCCCGGGGCCCCCUCCUCCCGCCUAAACUGACGUCAUCCUGUGUACUGAGCCGGCCGCUCCCGGGUGGGGGUGGCGGGGGGCCCUGCCCCGAGUCGCCCCGCACGAGGGCCCUCGGCCCGGUCGGUGUGGGUGUCCCGUCUGGUCCGGGGCAGGCCUCUGCCUCUUUUCUACUGCCAGAGAAAUGAGUUUUAUCGUCUUUUAAAAGUAAUUCACUAUUGAAGUAAUAAACCUUUUGUAAACGUUAAA